AUGCAGACGCCCGCUGCAUACAACCCCGCCACCACAGCAGGCGGUGUCGGGUGCGACGCCAAGUCCCCUCCCCCGCCGCUCCUCGAAGCAUCUCCGCCGACCUGUAUCGAUCGAAUGCGCAGGGUGACGCUGCAGGCAAGACGACGGAUCGGUCUCCAGGCGCUGGCAAUCCUCUUUCUCGUGAUUGGCACGGUCCUCCUGCUACGACGUCGACAGCCUGCCGCAGCAAUGACCACGAUGCCGCCGGUAACGAGUCCAGCGACGCUGAAGGGUGUGAACGACUAG